AUUCCGCAGCCAUUUUAGAAAUAUAACGCUUUUCACCUUACGCUCCAGAAAUUAGUUACACAGGAAAGAGGUUGAAUAAUUAAAACUUACUUAUCAAAAUUUAUGAAACAUAAAUUUUGAAGGAUAAGUAACUAAUAUAUAUAAGAUUCAUUGUCGAGAAAGAUUAAAGCUCUUGCUAUAGGUCGGCGUAGUGAUACAGUGUUUGUGGAAUCGAAAAAUUUGCUACUUCGCAACAGUCGCCGUUAAUUAUUUACUGAAGUCUAGUUUUCGCCCACUUUCUGAGUGAUUAGUCUACAUAACACGCUGUAUUUUACUCGUUCGGUAAAAAGACGAUGGGCAAUGCAGCGACAGCGAAAAAAGGGGACGCAGAAAAUGUUAAACAAUUCCUGGCACAAGCAAAGGAAGAGUUCAACAAGAAGUGGGAUGAGCCGGCACAGGUUGUGUUGAUCCAUAGAGAUACGAGGGUUAAAAUGGCUGAUACAGAGGAAAAUGAAUUUGAAAAGACGGUGGAUUUUAUAUAUUUGCGAGAACUAAAACCUUCACCUGAUUUUCAGAACACAGCAAGCUUGGACGAUUUCGACCGUAUGAAGACUCUUGGAACAGGGUCAUUUGGCAGAGUAAUGCUCGUACAGCAUAAGGCUACCAAAGAAUAUUAUGCCAUGAAAAUACUCGACAAGCAGAAGGUGGUCAAAUUAAAACAGGUUGAACAUACGCUUAAUGAAAAGCGCAUUUUGCAAGCUAUUACGUUUCCUUUUCUGGUGAAGAUGGAGUACAGUUUUAAGGACAAUUCGUAUUUAUAUAUGGUACUUGAAUUUGUAACGGGUGGAGAAAUGUUUUCCCAUUUAAGGAAAAUAGGGCGUUUUAGUGAACCUCAUUCUCGGUUUUAUGCCGCCCAAAUUGUUCUCGCCUUUGAAUAUCUUCACUCGCUGGAUCUCAUUUAUCGAGAUCUAAAACCGGAAAAUUUGCUAAUUGAUUCAAAGGGUUACAUAAAAGUAACAGACUUCGGAUUUGCUAAAAGAGUUAAGGGUAGGACGUGGACAUUAUGCGGAACACCCGAGUACUUAGCCCCAGAAAUUAUUCUGAGUAAAGGAUACAAUAAAGCUGUCGAUUGGUGGGCAACUGGAGUUCUUAUUUACGAAAUGGCAGCAGGCUACCCGCCGUUUUUUGCCGAUCAGCCAAUACAAAUAUAUGAAAAAAUCGUCUCGGGGAAAGUGCGCUUUCCUUCCCACUUUUCUCAUGAUUUGAGAGACGUACUGAGAAAUAUGCUUCAAGUAGACCUCACUAAACGUUUUGGAAAUUUGAAAAACGGUGUGAAGGACAUUAAGGAAAGCAAGUGGUUCAGUAACGUAGAUUGGAUACAACUCUACCAUGAACAAGUGGAGGCACCUUUUAAGCCAAAAAUCAAAUGCGCCGGGGAUACUAGUAAUUUUGAUGAUUAUGACGAAGAGCCUUUAGGUUACAACAAAGCUGUCGACUGGUGGGCUUUGGGUGUUUUGGUGUAUGAAAUGGCUGCCGGCUAUCCUCCGUUCUUUGCCGAUCAACCUAUUCAAAUUUAUGAGAAAAUAGUUUCCGGAAAGGUGCGAUUUCCUUCCCAUUUUUCGAAUGAUCUACGGGACUUGUUGAAGUCUCUACUGCAAGUAGAUUUGACGAAGCGCUUUGGAAAUUUGAAAAAUGGAGUCAACGACAUAAAAAACCAUAAAUGGUUUGGAACGACGGACUGGAUAGCCGUUUAUCAAAGAAAAGUUGAAGCCCCAUUUGUUCCAAAGUGUAAAGGACCCGGAGAUCCGAGUAAUUUUGAUGAUUACGAAGAAGAACCUUUGCGAAUAUCAAACACUGAAAAAUGUGCUAAGGAAUUCGCCGACUUCUGA